AUGCGGGAGCACCUGCGCAGAACACAAGCCUACAACCUCAAAACACUCCGGACUUCGCCUCUCGCAGAGAUAUCUGGUUCACUGGGUGACCUAGGCACACUUCUCCCAAUCAUGAUAGCUCUCACCCUGCGCGGCUCCAUAUCACUCCCUGUGACCCUUCUCUUCACAGGCGCCGCCAACAUCGUGACUGGAGUCACAUUCGGCCUGCCACUCCCAGUACAGCCAAUGAAAGCCAUCGCUGCAGUGGCGCUUGCGAAACACUUCUCACUGAAGACCAUGGCUGCUAGUGGCAUCGUGAUGGGCGCAGUUGUAGGUGCGCUGAGCGUGCUAGGCCUGCUGAAGUGGGUAGAAAGAGUUGUUCCAGCAGCGGUGAUACGUGGAAUCCAGGUCGGUGCUGGACUGAGCCUUUGUAUCAGCGCUGGGGCAUCGACAUUGAUCGGAGGUCUAAGGACAGCAGGACCGUGGUUGGGAGAUAACUACAUUUGGGCCUUUGCAGCAGCACUCGUGCUCCUUCUCAGCAUUCCGUUCCCACGCUUCCCUUAUGCACUCGUCGUCUUUGUAACUGGUCUAGUCCUCGCCGUAAUCCGAAUCCACACAUCGCAUGAUAAGCUCGAACUCCCGCACAGGACACUUGGAUUUCACACCGUCGUUCCGCACGGUGCCGACUUCAUCGAGGGCACAUUCUCCGCCGCGCUUGGCCAACUGCCCCUCACAAUUCUCAACUCCAUUAUCGCCGUCACAUCGCUAUCCAACAUCCUCCUAGCGUCGCGCCCCACGCCCUCUACAACCACAGUCGGCAUCUCGAUUGCUGUUAUGAACCUCGUCGCGCCCUGGUUCGGCGGCAUGCCCGCGUGCCACGGCUCUGGUGGUCUAGCUGGUCAAUAUCGUUUCGGUGCACGUAGCGGGAGCAGCGUCAUCAUUCUAGGUGCUGUCAAGAUGAUGCUUGGAGGCAUCAGUCUACGAUGGGGCCAUGGCGUGGCGCGCUUGCUGGGCGAGUUUCCACGCUCCAUUUUGGGAAUCAUGGUUCUUGCUGCGGGAAUCGAGUUGGCGCGGGCAGGAAUCACACCGAAGCUGUCUGACGCCGAAAAGACGGAUCGAUGGAUGGUGCUGCUAGUCACCGUUGCAGGACUACUUGCCUUCAAGAAUGACUUCGUAGGUUUUGUGGCCGGCAUGUUGUGGCACUGGGGCCUGAAAGUAUCGCGAGAGCUUCACAACAGUAGAAAUCAAGAUGAAAGCUUCUGGAGCAGACUACGUGGUCAUUCAACGCAGAAUGAGGAGUCAAGAGGGUUACUUCAUUAG